GGCUGACCCUGGUGAUCUCGGUCGUCUGGAACUACAGGGCGGUCACCUCCGUGCACUGCGGCCGGAAGGCGCAGGAGUUCCUGCCGUCCAUCAGCGCGUGCAUCGGUGACUUUAGCACGCAGCGCUGGACCUGGCGCUCUGCGAUGACCCUCUACGUGUGGCAGCGGCUCCUAACCGCGCCGCUAUACUACCGCCUGCUCGGGGAGGCGGCCGGCUUCGGCCCGCUGAACACCGCGCGUUGCGCCGUCUUCUUCACCGAGCAGCUGUGCCUGAUGAUGCUGACGACGGUGUCCUCGUCCGAGAAUCUGGUGAUGCACCAGCUGUACCUGGCGUCGUUCGCCCUGUGCACCGUCGUCGGCAUGUGCAUGACCUACGCGCUGUGCGGUCGCUGGCUGCGUCGGGCCACGGA